AUGGAGCCGGAGAGCGGCGGAGAUGACGAUGGGUGUAUGGCGACACCGCGGACAACAAAGAAGCGAAAAAUUAAAGAGCAGCUUCCAGCGGCGUCUUCGUCACCGGAAGAUAAGUACAAACCCUACUUUAAACUUGAAUAUAAGAGGUCAUACCCGGACAACAGCUCUAAGGAGGAAUUCCCGAUCUAUGUUGAAGGAAUUAAUGAGAAAAUUGGGAACAAAAACCCCUUAUAUCUCUCGAAAUUUUUCAAAAAUGUAAAGGGCAUUGUUGAAAAGCGUAGAUUAAAUGCGAACAAAAUAAUGGUAGUCUUCAAACAGGCGGUAGCAGCAAAUGACUUCCUAAGCCAUAGUUGUCUUAAGGAAAACAAUUUGAAGGCAUACAUACCAGCAGCGUCGGUGGAGAGAACCGGCACUAUUAGAUUCGUCGACAAGGAGUCGAGCAAUGCAGAACUGUAUGAAAAACUGAUGGCGGAUGCCGAAAUUAUAGCUGUGAGACGGUUCACCAAGAAAGUAGGUCAGGAAAUAGUCCCUCUCACUACGGUGAGUGUAACAUUUGUAGGCACUUCCCUCCCACAAUAUGUUUUUCUGGACAAGUGGAGGUACAGGGUAUACACUUAUGUGCCACCACUGAUGCAAUGCUUCAAGUGCAUGAAGUUUAGGCACAAUGCCAAAAUAUGUAGAAAUGAUGAUGUAUGUUCAAGAUGUUCAGGUGCACAUUCCUACAAGGAGUGCUCAUCAGACAUCUUGAAGUGUUGCAACUGUGGUGGGGACCACCUAGCAAUAUCUAAGUUUUGUCCCAUUAAAAUAGAACAACGUAAAAGACAUGAAUCAAAUUACUUGACCAGAAUGUAUUCAACAGUAGUAUCAAACAAAGAUUUUCCUGCAUUGACCAAAGCGAAAACAGACAAAUCAGUGACAUUUGCAUUGAAAACUAAGUCUACCCCGGUUAAGAAAAUUGAAAAUAGUCAUGAGUCCCCUAUCACAGUACCGGUUUCAACCGUUCAAACACCAACUACUAACUCCAACACCUUGACCUAUGACUACCUUGUAAAAGAUGAUAUCUUUUUACAAAAAAUAAUAAAAACCUUAGUUACAUUAGCAAAUUCGAAUAAAACAAACACAACCACACACAUUAAAGAUAUAUUAAUAGAAAAUCUUACCAAAUAA